AAAAGCGGCUGCAGGUGAAUAGGGAGGGACCUUAAAGCUCGGGGCCGUAGAAGGCGGGUCUGCCCGCUCCGCAGGUGCCAGCGGACCUUGGAGCAGCGCGACGCGCCUGUCGCGUCCCUUGUGUCCUGCCCAGCCGUGCCAGCGGAGGGUCCGGAGCGGUUUCUUUGUGUCCUGCCCAGCCGUGCCAGGUAAAAGGACACAGAAGAGAAGAUGGACUGGGGAACUCUGCAGGGUGUUUUGGGAGGUGUAAAUAAGCACUCCACCAGUAUUGGGAAGAUAUGGCUCACAGUCCUCUUCAUCUUCCGUAUCAUGAUCCUGGUUGUGGCUGCAGAGAGAGUCUGGGGAGAUGAACAACAAGAUUUUGUCUGCAACACGCUUCAGCCUGGCUGCAGAAAUGUUUGCUAUGACCAUUUUUUCCCCAUCUCUCACAUCAGACUCUGGGCCCUGCAGCUGAUCUUUGUCUCCACACCUGCGCUGCUGGUGGCCAUGCAUGUGGCUUACACCAGGCAUGAGAAGAAAAGGCGGUUCAGAAAGGGUGAGAAAAUUGAUAUUGAAGAGCUAAAAAAUCAAAGGAUUCACAUUCGGGGCCCCUUGUGGUGGACAUAUACCAGCAGCAUCUUCUUCAGGGUCGUCUUUGAAGCAGUGUUCAUGUACGUGUUCUACUACAUGUACGACGGCUACCAGAUGCCCCGCCUGGUGAAGUGCGACGCUUGGCCCUGCCCCAACACUGUGGAUUGUUUUGUGUCUCGGCCCACUGAGAAAACCACAUUUACUAUUUUCAUGCUUGCUGUAUCUGGGAUCUGCAUGAUGUUGAAUCUGGCUGAGUUGUGCUACCUAGUGAUAAAAGUUUGCACUAAAGAAUCUGGGAAAGCAGCAGUUUUGAAAUAAGUCCCUGGUUUCAGGAUUUACUGGCUCCCCAUUUCCCUUCAACUUUCUUAGGUGUAAGAAAACAAUAAACAAUAUUUUCAUUACUCAAGGAAAAGGAUAAAAAAAUGAAUAUUCUUUUGUGUUUUAAAACUGAAAGCCUCCUUGGGAAGCUGAUGCUGAGGCAGGUUUUAAAGAUCAAAAGCUAAUUCAGUAUUCCUGCACUCACAAUUAGAGAGAGUGGCCUUCUGGCACCAGCUUCUCCAAGUAUGCCUGCUGUCCCCUAUUGUUUGGACAGUUAAUUCUUCAAACACGGGGAGUGGAAAGGACCAGAGAAGGCUCUAGUGGAAGGCCCAGAGGAGAUCCAGGAAUUACAACACAUUGUGUUGGCUCAGAGGCAAAACAGUAUCAAAGGUCUUUGGUGAAAAGUGGGGUAAAGGAGUUUUUCUGUGCACAUCACGGCUUUUGAGAAGGAAGAAGACAGGGAGGUGAUUGUGUUUACACUAGGUGUCCUCUCUAAGUAAUCUGGAGAGCAAGAAAAUGGUGUAGGAGCACUGGUACUCUGGCAAUGCAUGCUAUCAGCUUUGCUGGGUACCAUCAUGGUUUUUUCCUCUCAUCUUGCCUGCACUGAGAAGCAUUUCCUUAAGGGUUGGGGGUGGCCACUAUCAACCUCUGUGAAUGCCAAUAGGUCAAUGCUGCCUCCCCAUAGCCACAAAGACUACAGCAGUGGGAGGAAUGAAGUUCAUUUUUCAUUCUCUUGAUCGGAUGAAAAAAAGGGUUGUCACCUCUGGGAGGAGGGAGGCACUGCAACAACUUCUCUUGUUCCCUCACAAUAUGGUGUGAAGAAUCUUGAUAUAGUAGACUUCAUCUGAUAAAGAGAUGUUUUACCACCUGACUGUGCCUCACUCAGCUGUAUACUCUGAAAACUUUUUUUUUCAAUAAAAACCAAGAAAAAAAAAGCCUUUUUUUUUUCUUCUGCUGGUUAUCCAAAAGAAGUGCUUCAACUUACAGCAUGAUAUCCAGUGCUCCUUUGAUUGCUGUUUCUCUAUCUAGCCUGCACAGUUCUUCUUAAUAAAACCUUUUCCCUAUCUGAGGUGCUCUUCAAAUGAGUUGAGCAAACCAUUCCCAGUCUCUCUGACAUUCCAUAUAGUGAGAUUAAAUCAACAUUCCUUUUCUUAAAGUUGACUUAGCAGGAAUUACAGACAGCUUGGAGAGCUAAAAUGGCAAAGGGACCCAAUCAGAAAUGAGGAGGAACUUGAUAUUUUGCUUAAAGUUCACCCUGCUGUGCUGUAAAUUGUAAAUUACUAAUUUACAAUUGUAAAUUGUAUAUUACUAAUUUGAAGUACUAUAUGAUUUGGUCUGGUCUUGUCUCAAAAGGUGUUUUAUGCCUGUGAUGGGCAGCAUAUGGCACUUAGGGCAAUACAGUUGAUCUCCCAAGUGCCCAUUGAACCCACUUCUAGAAAGCUGUCUGUUUCUCCUCUGUAGCUUUAAUAACUGGUUUUUCUCCAAAAUGAAUGAGCACUAGCUCAGCUUCUCUAUUUGUAUUCAUCUUUUACUGUACAUUUAAAUUUGUCACUGUUGGAGUAAACAAGGCUGCAUGAAUUAAGACCCAUGACCCUUCACUGUGCACUGAAAGUGGAGCAUAAAUAGGCUUACCUUGCUUGUGAGCUACAUCCAGUGUUGGAACUUGACUGCAGAGAGAAAUCUGUCACCUAAGAGGAAUGCAAGAAAACCAUAAAAAACAUCAUCCUCAGAACCAUGAAAAAAAGUUAAGACGGUCAUCCAUAAUGAGCUGGACUGGAAACUUGGACUGUGAAAACAUCCUUAAUUCAAAUCCAAAGAACACAGUUUGUCACAUACCAGGUUUGUGCCUGAUAGAGUUCCUGCAUUAUUCCAUGUACAUGUACAAAGAGAGCAAAGUAGUCCCAGUGCUCUACUAUUACAUUUAUUUUCUAACAAGUUUUUUUUUUCCUGAAAUUAUAAUUAAAGCACUUUUGUUGUGUCUGUUUUCUGUAUUUUCUGUAUUACUUAUACAUGCUGUGUGUUACCUAACAUGUCUAAUAAAAAUCUUUUUUCUAUAGUGGAAAACGUUUGCACCAACACUAUACUCAAUAGCCAAGGGCCAGUGUAAGGAUUUUAGCCUGCUGCAGGUUGGUGUUUCCACUGGUUACACUGCCUGUUACCCUGAAAUCUCCACUUGAAAUCAGAUCUGCUGCUUAAGACAGCCUUGCAGCUGGAAAAGGCCAAUGAUGAACUUAACCAGCUCCAUAGGGAAAGAGUUUGUUUUUGCCACCUACCUUUGAAUUUAGCUGGAACUUGGAAUGAGACACCCCAAAACUGUUACCACUAACACUAUGAAGUUAUCUUCAACUAGCAGUCUGGCAACAAGAUUAUCAGACAGCAAAAAAAAGAUACAACUGGGGAAAGUGUUUGGAUGUAGCCAAGAGAGGGCUUUGAUCCAGAAAUGCAGCAUCAGGCAAUGACAGCUCUGAGAUCUCUGUACAUUUAAUUUGACUGAAUAGUUGCUUUGUGAAAAAAAUCAGAUACUUUAUAGGAACAUGGUAAUUGCACCUAUUUCUACAUGUGCUACAUUGCAUAGCUGACCUUCUACAAAUGGAUUUCAUGCAGAUUAAAAUACAUUGCUGUGUU